UUGGCCUUUCCAAAGCAGAGGCCGUGCGCCUCUGCUGUCUCAAAAAGAAAAGAAGAAAAAAAUGGAAAGGGGUCAUCUGACCCGAUAGAAAAAGAAAUAGGAAGGAGAUGAUUUUCAUACAAAAAUUAUGAUCUAUGAAGAUCCAACCGUCCAAACUCAAAUUCGACUUCGGUAACGUGAUCUACGAAGCCUGAUCUACGUUUCUACCGAUCGUUUUGAGGCUUUGUGUUAUUUGGAGCUUGCAAAGAUUCCCAAACACCGGGUAUUAUUUGGGUAAAUUUUUAGACAUUGAUGCUUUGGUUGCAGGCUCUGCGGAUAUAGAUAUUGACUCGUCCACCUAGCGUAUGGGAUACUAUGAUUGGAGCACAUCGCAACAGUCAUAAGACACGGACUCAUGGGUAGUCCGCAUUUUGGGUAUUUUAUCUAUGGCUCGUGUCCUACGUGGCACAUGUAUUUGUGGAGCCUAUAUUUUAGAAUGUAAUUAGUGUAAUAUGUUUUAUAAGCUUUAAUCAGUUAGACAUGUAAAUGGCUCUUGUCGUCGAUAACAGUUAUAUAUUAGAUGUAUUUCCGCUAUUGACAUGUGUUCCGUUGCACAUGGAUAUUUAUAUUUCGCUGUGUUAGAUGUAACUCUGAAUAUCAGGUACAUGUUAUGGAACGUGUACCUAUGUUGGCUGAGCGGCAAAUAGUCGUGCCACUGUGAAGAUCCGUUUGUACGUUUUCAAAAAAAAAAAAAAAAAAAACGGGUCGUCACAAAAAGUGGAGUCGGUGUUGCUCUAGUAAGCCCGGAUGGAGAAAAAUUUCAGUACGCGAUCAAAUUAGAUUUCGUUACCACUAACAAUGAAGCAGAAUACGAGGUCAUAUUGGCCGGGCUCACUAUAGCUCGGGAAAUGGGAGCAAAGAACGUGGAAAUCCGAAGCGAUUCCCAGGUAGUAGUAAGCCACGUACAGGGAAUUGCAGAAGCCCAAGGAGAAAAAAUGAUCCAGUACCUCAGCAAAGUACGCAAACAUCAGUCUAACUUUGAAAGGAUCGCCAUGACAAAAAUUCCCUGGGAGGAAAAUGUCCAGGCAGACGCCCUCUCCAAGAUGGGCUCGGGUACCGGACCUGAUGUCAAAACAUCAACCUACGGGGUGUGAUACAAUCCGAACCAUCAAUUACUCCUAAGUUAGACGUGAUGGAAACUGAAGAAGAAUCGAUCGACCCAGAAUGGGCCACUGAUGUAAUUUGGUACCUCCGGGACGGAUCUUUACCCAGGGACAAACUGUUGUCUCGCAAGGUAAAAAUGCACUCAAAGUGGUAUGCGCUUAUUGGAGGAAUACUUUACCGUAGAGGGUACACCGAGCCGCUUCUCAAGUGUCUCACAAACUCGGAGGUAGAGUAUGUGUUAAAGGAAAUACACGAAGGAGUUUGCGGGAACCAUUCAGGCUCUUGGAUGCUAGCACACAAAGCAAUGAGAGCCGGGAAUUACUGGCCAACAAUGAAUAAGGACUCGGUCAAGCUAGUUCAACAAUGCGACUAGUGUCAAAGGUUUGCUCGGGUGAUGAAAAACCCUUCUGAAAAACUCAAUCCGAUCAGCUCGUCCUGGCCAUUCGCAAAAUGGGGGGUUGACAUAGUCGGACCCAUGCCGCCGGCAAAAGGAGGACGGAGAUUCCUUCUCGUCGCAAUAGACUACUUCACAAAAUGGGCCGAAGCCGAGGCAUUCGCUACCAUUACCACCGCCAACGUGAUAAAAUUUCUUUGGAGCUCAGUCGUAUGCCGUUUCGGCAUUCCACAUGCCUUUGUUACCGAUAACGGAAAGCAGUUUGACUGCAGACCGUUUCGUAAAUGGUGUACGGAACUUCGAAUUCAAAAUUACUAUUCCACUCCGAUUCAUGCACCAGCAAAUGGACAAGUAGAAGCCACCAACAAAACACUCCUUAAAACACUAAAGAAGAAACUCAGCAAGAAGAAGGGGGCUUGCGCCGAGUAUGUUCCCGAGGUCCUCUGGGCCUAUCGUACUACAACACGAACUCCCACAGGUGCUACUCCUUUUUCUUUGGCAUACGGUUCCGAAGCGGUCAUCAUUGCUGAAGUUGGAUCACCAAGCUUCCGAGUGUCAUACUACAAUCCAGGAUUAAAUGAUGAAGGGAACAAGCUCAAUCUGGAUUUGCUACAAGAAAGAAGAGAUGAAGCCCAGGUCACAUGGGCAGCAUUCCAGGACCGAGCCGCCCGUUAUUCCAAUAAGACAGGAAAUCCUCAGAAGUUCCAACUCGGGGAUUGGGUCUUGAGGAAAGUUAGCCUGAUAACUAAAGAUCCAACCGAGGGAAAGCUUGGACCCCAAUGGGAAGGCCCAUACAAAGUAAUACGGUGUCACGACAAGGGGCGUACUAUCUGAUUGAUACAACCGGAAGGGUACUACCGAGAGCAUGGAAUGCCGAUCAUCUGAAAAAGUACUUUAUGUGAAUCACAUGUAACCGAUUAUGUUUUCAGUAAGUUCAAAUUUAGAGUUUGUACAACUCAAAUUUAUACAACUUAUUUCUCGGCUCAAACCAGCUCAAAUCAAGUCAAGUGUUGUGUUCCUCGGUUUGAAACACAACCGCAUCAGAACACAACCACCGAUCAUGUUCCUCGGUCAUGACUCGGACAAUUCCAAAAUUUGUCCAAGUCAUUGGGGGGUGACUCGGCUCUAACCAGCUCAAAUCAAGUCAAGUGUUGUGUUCCUCGGUUUGAAACACAAUCGUAUCGGAACACAACCACCGAUCAUGUUCCUCGGUCAUGACUCGGACAAAUCCAAAAUUUGUCCAAGUCAUUGGGGGGUGACUCGGCUCUAACUAGCUCAAACCAGCUCAAAUCAAGUCAAGUGUUGUGUUCCUCGGUUUGAAACACAACCGUAUCGGAACACAACCACCGAUCAUGUUCCUCGUUUAUGACUCAGACAAAUCCAAAAUUUGUCCAAGUCAUUGGGGGGUGACUCGGCUCUAACCAGCUCAAACCAAGUCAAGUGUUGUGUUCCUCGAUUUGAAACACAACUGUAUCGGAACAUAACCACCGAUCGUGUUCCUCAAAUCAAAUCAACCGUGUUGGGUUCCUCGGUACAAGCAAAACACAUUCAAAUCAAAAUAAUUCUUUUAAAUACAAAAUGAUAAUUCUAUUUAUACGCCAACCUGGUGGCAAAAUUUAAAUUCA